AUGGCGUCUUUACGGACUAUCCUGCUAUGCUCUCUAUCCUUGAUCGUCUCCCCCUUUGUGAAUGCGACCUACGAGAGAUGGACCGCGCUUCCUUACUGCGCUCAAGGUUGCUUCACCAAGGCUGUCAACGACUCUCUCGCGACCUGCGCCCAUGUAUCUCUUGACUGCUUCUGCCGGAACACUGUCGCCGCUAAAGAGUUCGACCUCUGCCUCCAAGCCAACGUACCUUGCAACUCCAACCCCAUCAAUCACGAUGUCGAGGUCUUCAAAAACACCGUCUUCUGCAACACUUCUGUUGAUAGCGGCUUUGAUUACACGGCGGCCAUGGGCGCAGCGACGGCCACGUUGGGGACACCGUCUGGCGAGAGUCUUUCGUCCACAGUCUCGAUGUCCUCAAUCUUCCCGUCGACAAUCCACCCAACCAAUACCUCAACCAUAUGCCCUGAUUCCGACUCUGCCCAAACUACCUUUCAAGGCUUGAUUACCAGCACCUCGACAGUUGUGGUGGAACUGUCCAGCACUGCCUCGUCGAGCGGCAAGUUGAACGGCACUUGGACCGCGUCUGCCUUUCCCACCGUCAUCGCAGCGCAAUCUUUCAACGGCGCCCCUCGUGCCUGCGUCUGGGAUUUCGGUGUCUUUGGGACAGGCUUUUUAAUGACAUGGAUUCUUGUUGGCAAGAUAUUCUGA